GGUGCCCGCGCUCCCCUUGAGGGGUGGCAGCCAUAGUCUUUCCCAACCCCCUCGGCCGGUGCUGCCUGUCUUUGCGCCGCGCAGGGCGCCUGCGGCUCCGGCGAGGAGAGCGAGGUGGAAGCCGUGGGGCAGCGGCGCCUGGUCGCGGCUUCCCCAGUGUGAGUCCGGGGUUGCUGCGGCUCUUCCCCGGGGAGGUGCCUCUGAGAGGUCUCAUCUUACAGAGCCUUUAGGAAAUGUGAUGUGUCCAAGUCCUUCCUGCACCCCCAUCAGUGGGUCUCCAGAACACCUCAGGGGUUCUACCAUGUCACCCUGGCAAGUCAAUGGAGUGUUUAACUGUUUGUGUACUGGCUCCUCUGACAGCAGAUCUCUGAUGGGCGUAAAUGUCGAAGGGAGAUUUGGCAAGCAAACCCCACUAAGAGUCUGCAUGACUGCUAGGAUCUGCUCAGUUUGCAAAUACAAGAAGCGCAAGCUUGUCCGAGCUCCCUCGGUGUCUCACUUCAGCAGUAAACCGCUGAAACCUCUCGCUGUGAAGUGCAGCUGUGAGUGGCCCAACUCUUGCGUCCUGUGUAGCUGCAAAGCCUCUGUCCAGACAAUAGUCACCUUGUCCCUAGAAGAACGCGUAGCCCUCCUGGACUCUGGCUUCCACACCAUUCUCUCCUUAUCUCAUGGCAACCCUAUCCACUUGUACUUUGAAACCUUAUUAAGAGGGGACGGACUGCAUAGACUACUGAGCCAUGAGCUCAGGACUCUGAAGAUGUCCUGUUUGGGAAAGAAACAAGAUCCAACUAACGGCACAUUCCCAAAGCAACACUCUUGGCUCCUGCUUGCCUCCCAUAAGUUAAGCAAGAUGGAGCUUGAGUUGAAGUUAGAACAUUAAAUGCGGGCUUUUAACUAAUACCUGAGGGCAACCAGUCAAGGUAACGUGGAGAAAGUAGCUCACUGUCUUCCAGUGGAAGAUAAGUUGAACUCUGUCUUACAAUAAUGUCUC